AUGGCUUCCUACGCAGCACCAUUGAAGCUGCCGCCCAACACGGACCAGGCCAAGUUCUCGCAAUUCGUAAACAAGGCUAUUGGAAUUGUUGGCGAUGAGAAUCUAGUCAUCAUCUCGGGCCCAGAGCAUCUGGGCAAAGACAAUUACCUUGACCCAAGCAAGAAUCACGACAUGUUCCAUGUCAUGGGCGAGGAGUACUUCAUCUCUUCAGCUACAAUUGCACCACGGGAUGUAGCCGAGGUGCAGGCCAUUGUGAAGCUUUGCAACGAAUUCGACAUUCCCCUCUGGCCUUUUUCUGUUGGUCGCAAUGUCGGCUAUGGCGGCGCUGGUCCGCGAGUCCCCGGCUCCAUUGGCCUAGAUCUAGGCAAAAACAUGAACAAGAUUCUCAAAGUAGAUGUGGACGGCGCCUAUGCUCUCGUUGAGCCAGGUGUGACUUACACAAAUCUUCAUGAGUACCUGGUGGCCAAUAACUUGCGCGACAAGCUGUGGAUUGACGUACCUGAUCUCGGCGGCGGGAGCGUGCUAGGCAACACCACCGAGAGAGGUGUCGGGUACACGCCGUAUGGCAAUCACUUCAUGAUGCACUGCGGCAUGGAAGUCGUUCUCCCUGACGGAAGCCUGAUCCGAACGGGAAUGGGCGCCUUGCCUAACCCUGACGCAGAUACCAGCAAGCCCCCUCAUGAGCAGGAGCCCAAUGCAGCAUGGCAGCUGUUCAACUAUGGCUUCGGCCCGUACAAUGACGGCAUCUUUACUCAGUCAUCGCUGGGCAUCGUCGUCAAGAUGGGCAUCUGGCUCAUGGUAAACCCGGGCGGCUACGAGUCGUAUCUCAUUACCCUACCACGGGAUGAAGAUCUCCACGCAGCCGUCGAGAUUAUACGUCCGCUGCGCACGGCUAUGGUCCUCCAAAAUGUCCCAACCCUGCGACAUAUCCUACUGGACGCUGCCGUCAUGGGAGACCGCAAAUCGUAUUCCAGCUCAGACAAGCCGCUUACCGAUGCUGAGCUCGAUGAGAUUGCCGAGAAGCUCAACUUGGGCCGCUGGAACUUCUACGGCGCCUUCUACGGCCCAGAGCCAAUUCGCCAGGCCAUGAAGGCGGUUGUAAAGCAAGCGUUUGGCACUAUUCCUGGCUCCAAGUUCUACUCUCACGAGGAGUUGCCCGACAAUGUCGUCCUUCAAACGAGACAUCUGACACUCCAGGGCAUCCCAACCACGACAGAGCUCAAAUGGGUUGACUGGCUCCCCAACGGAGGACAUCUCUUCUUCUCCCCUAUUGCAAAGGUCACGGGUGACGAGGCUAUGGCACAGUACAAACUUACACGCCAACGCUGCGAGGAAGCCGGCCUCGAUUUCAUUGGCACUUUUGUAGUGGGUAUGCGAGAGAUGCACCAUAUUGUUUGCCUUGUAUUUGACCGCCUGGACCCCGAAUCGUGUCGCAAGGCGCACUGGAUCAUCACGACACUGAUUGACGAUGCUGCGAAGCGAGGCUGGGGUGAGUACCGCACGCACCUUGCCCUCAUGGACCAGAUUGCUGGCACAUACAGCUUCAACGAUAAUGCACAGCUCAAGUGCAACCAGAAAAUCAAGGAUGCCUUGGAUCCCAAAGGUAUCUUGGCCCCUGGCAAGAACGGAAUCUGGCCUACGUCGUACAAGGCUGAGCAGUUUGCUAUUCCCAAGCCGACUCUUUAA